AUGAACGGCUCGCAACCCACAACAUCACUACUCGACCAGGGCGAGCCUAUAUCAAUCGCCCAGCUCAGUCCGGAUGUCCCAAGACAAGAUGCGCGAGUCAUAAUUGGCACCGUAACUAUCACAUGGCCAUUUAGUAUCAUCAACAAAUCGAUCGCAUUUCUUUUAGCUGAGCGAGACUUUCGGCUACGACGCGAGAAUGGCCAGGUGCGGAUCCGUUUCCAUGGUGCAGCCGCUAGGGCGAUCGCAGAUUCAUCGCUAGGAGCUGGGGAUGAGGUUCGUGUGAGCCUGCAGGGUGUUAAAUGGGAGAAGAACGAGACGCAGACUCAAGUCGCAGGAAGCACUCUUGCAUGGCAGCUCGAAUUCUCGAAUCGCUUGGUACUUGGAAUCCAUCGACCCGGGGAAGAAAGAGACACCUUGCUCAACAUCGACACCCCAGACGUGGAGACGGGAGUUACUACCACUAAUGGCCAAAUUGAUAAUACUGACCAAGUCGACACCCUCACACCCGUGCCCGAGCGACCUGCUACGCCUACGUCUUUAUCUCCAGGAGCCACCUUGCCUCUGAAACGAGCUGCUCCAUCGACCUUGGAUCCUCUUGAAUUCGCUUCGCCUGCUUUCCUCAAACGAGCGCGUGUCUCUUACGGGGCAUUAUUCGAAGGCGACAUAGACAUGCUAGAUGACGAAGUUGGCAGGAUCAAGUCGAAAAAGCGCACACGGUUCAGUCUACCUGCCAACUCUUGGCGUUACACUAGCCGGUCCCCUAGUCCUGAGCCUGAGAAUGAUCAUGAAGAGGAAGCUAAAGAGGAGUCCUAUAUGAGUAGUGUCUCGCCGAGCAAUGGUGAGACAGAAGAUACUACCACGAACACACCAGCGCGGCCAGCGAUGGUAGAUCAAGGUAGUCAAACAGUAUAUGUUGACUUUACUCCAAUGUCCAGUGUGCAGGUUUCGGCCGAAUCAAGACCAGUGUUUGGGUUGACAGAGACGACCCCGACACCAUUUACCCGAACGAGACCGUUUGAAAGGGACGACUCUCUCAUGAACCAGUCUUUACCACUCGCAGAAGACUCGACAACACCACAGGUGAUGCCACAGGGGACAGACGAGUAUUUACUGGAUCAUACACCAAAUAACAUGAACACGGAUAUGCCUUUCAGCUUCACUCCACAGGCCGUACUCUUUCCUCAGGCUGCGGGCUAUUUUUCGGGAGAAAGUUCUCGAAAUAUUGUAACAAAUUCGCCCAGUUUUGUUUCAAGAGGAGUAAAUUAUCCAGCUGAGUUCCUGGAGACCGAAAAUCUCCCUCAGAAUGCUGUAGAAGCUCUUGCGGGUCUCGCUGGUCAUGAAUCAGCGUUUCACUCUACAUUCGCUGCGACUUCACAACCGCCUCAGACUGCUUGGGCGGUAGAAUCAUCCCCUGGACCCCGCUCUGUAGUUGCUAGUAGCGACGCUGAGAAUCCAGUUGAAAUCUUGAGCUCUUCGCCAAUAAGAGAACAAGGGUCGCCGGAGUCUGGCAGAGACCGCCAUUUAUCUCCCUCACGAGAGAACACGGAUAUGAACACAACCGCAAACGCAUCUCCAGAACCCACACUCGAGGAACCGGCCAGUGAAGCAGAGUAUUAUCGCGAUGGUGGUGAUGAGCCUGGCGAUGAUUACGACUUAAGGAAGUACUCCCGCACGCACGAUGACGAUGACGAAAUAGAGACAUCUGAAGAGGAACCCGAUCUAGAUACCAAUGACCCUGAUACGCAAAUCAUGAACCCCGACGAAGAUGACGCGGAUGGCGACGAAGAUGUCGUAAAUCAAGAGGAAUAUCUUGACGACGAAUACCCUGACACGUACGAGCAACGAUCCGACAUUGAAGCGGAAGAGUACGAAGGGUCGGAAGGUGAUGCGGAAGGUGAAUAUGACUCGGACGAAUAUGAUUAUUAUGAUGAAGAUGGCGCAGAAGAGGAAGCAGACAACCACCCUUCUGCUACUCUUGUAUCUAGGGAGCCCAUUGUCAUCGACCUGCUUUCAGAUUCCGAAGAUGAGGAAGCGCCCGCACCAGAACCACAACUAGAACCAACAUCAGAGACAACAAUGGGUGCAGAGGCCAAAAAUAUAGACGACAACUCGGAACUUGGCAUUGAAGAGGCGGAAACAUCACCAAUGUCCAAGAUAGAGGGAGAUUCUGAAGUCCCCAAAACAGAUGAGAUUAUGGCUGAAGAGGAAAGCCAGCGUCUACCGCGGCUCAAUACGGACGAAGAACCGCUGUCUUCAUCAAGAAAGGAGGGGGGGCAGGAAAUAGAGACACAAAGGGUUGACGGCGGCCAAAUGGGUUCAAUGAAUGAGGGCCAGGUCCCUGCAUCUCAUAUUGAAGGCUCAAACAAGAAUGAAGCUGAAGUUACCGAGGCCACGAUUUGUGCAAACAAGCUGCAGGGGGGCCGUGAGAUCAUAGACAAAGCAAAGUCGCCUGUUCCUUCAACUGCCCCGCGGGAGUCUCCCAUGGCAGAAGAAUUGCAGCCCCGUGGUUACGACGCUGGAAAGGAAUCAAAUUCAAUGGAAACGGAAGUAUGUGAUAUCGACAUGGGGAAUGCUCCUCCAUUGCAAGGGGAAGCAAAAGGGUGCGAGACAAACGACAUUGCUUCUGUUCAAUCUGCUGAGACAGAACCGCUAGGCGAGACCGCAGUUGAGCCUGAAGUGACAGUCGAAGUCAUGGACAUUGAUGAAUUACCUCGCAGACCUACUCCAACGGCAGAACUUCCUGAGGCCAACGUUGAUACUAGCGAACAAGGAGACACCGCGACCACGGAAAUUCGUUACGAAGCAUUAACACGCCCCCAAGAACCAUCCCAACAGCCACAAGAGACCCUAUACGAUGAUGCGAGAUCGUCAAAUUUCCGCAAGACGGUGCCGUCGUCUGGCGAGACCCAAUCUGUGGCUUCCGAGAUUCAGGAAAAUAUCGAAUCUCAGACAUCCCAAGAUCUUGAGCACUCUGAAACGCAUGAAAACAUAUCGGACCCCUUGUCAGAGAUGGCAACUAACCCAGCUUCUCACAUGGCUAAUGCCUUGUUCCAAGCCGACAAGGAUGAAGUUGAGAAGGCAGACGACGAGGCACAGCCUGAAAAUGGUGGCCAAAUUUCCCCUCCACCAACGCAGGGCCCAGAAGUCCAGACCCCGCGGGAAGACAGCGUCAAAUUCUCACGUAACAGUUCUAUCGAACAUCCUCCCACUCCUGGCGGCACACAACAGUUGAUCGAGGUCGAGACAGUCGACACAGUCAGUAUCGUCACUCAUGCCCAACAGACAACGGAGGAGGAGGAUGAAGGACCAGAGAGUCAGAUCAUGGCUGAGAUGCUACAACAGUCUCCCAUGCGAUCCGAAACACACCUGCCUACGGAUCCUGCUUUGUCCACGGUACUGUCGCAAACCGGAUCGCCUGAUCCCACCGCACCGGCCGACAGGUCACUUAUAGGAUCUUUUCAAGACACCGAGGCAGCAUCUGAGGUCAUUGUCGCCAAGUCUUUGCGGCCGCGGCGACACAGGCCAACUAAAUCAUCAGGUGGCAAUGACCACGACGAUCCUAGUCUGGCAUUUAUCACAGCCACACCCACCCUGAAGACCGCAGACCGUGGAAGCAAGCCCAGCAGUCCAGCUACAUCAAGCAGCAAGACACGAAGUAAAAUGCACCACGAUGAUCCCAGCAUCCAAUUGGCAGGUGGCUCGGUGCAGGCAGAUACAAAGAGCAAAGGGAAGAGAAAAGCAACCGACGAUGAGAGUAUUCACAGCGUGGACAACAAUUCACCGGGAUCCCAGCGAGUGCUGCGUUCGAGAAAUGACCACAGUGACCCUAGCAUAUUACUUGUUAAAGGUUCAAGUCCAUCGACUCGCCAGACUAGAAGUCAAAAGACGCCAGAUCCAAAGCGAGAGACCCCUAGGCGUGAAACUCGCUCGGUGUCGCGAAGUUUCCACAGGCAGGAUGAGUCCCCGAAUAUGUCGUUCGCCUCGCUUAAAUCACCCUCCAUUGCUGGCUCUACAGCGACUGUGCCUGAAGAAGAGGAUGUCAAAACUCUGAAAAUGCAGCUGGUCAAAAGCCUGCGAACGAAUUUGCCCGACUUUCUGUCGCUUAAGAUGCUCAGCAGAAACUCAAUCGACAAGAUGACGGAUAUUCUUGCUGUCGUAACACAGUCACCGCCUCCUCCACACCGGCCGAAGCACGGCCCUCGGGAUUUCAUGCUCGAUUUGCGUGUGAUCGAUCCGUCGACCGCGCCAACCCAGGUCCGAGUGGCCCAUAUUUUCCGGCCCCAUCUAACAUCACUACCGGAUGUCGAGAGUGGGGAUGUUAUCCUCCUCCGCCGGGUCAAGGUAGUGUCAAUGAAGGGCCGUGGCUUCGGCGUCCGUUCCGAAGAUGGCUCGUCCUGGGCAGUCUCGAAAUACAACGAACGAGAAAUUCUUACACAGGUCAAGGGUCCACCUAUAGAAAUUACCCCAGAGGAGAUCGAAUACGCCAAGGGUCUACGGCAUUGGUGGAGCCUCCAGGAUGACAACGCUAUGGGCAAGAUCGAGACGGCGUCCCGGAAGGUGACCGAGGCAGGUAAAGAGAACGCCAAAUGA